GGAUCAGUCGCGAAAAGCGACUGCAGGCACUGACACUUCCCUCUAGGAAGCGUCCGCGGCGUGGUUGGCGAUAUCAUGUGCUUCCAAGGCAGUCGGCAAAGGAUUUCCCGGUUCUAGUAAGGCAAUUCGAACGAGUGCCUCGAGCAUGACACGCCGCAUCGUGCCGAGGUUACUUACCCCACACCCUCCUUCCCCAGCUCCCGACUCGCGACCCUUUAUACAGCCGCAGCCGCAAUGUCUCCGCGACGCACGUUUGGCAGUCUUCCCACACAUCCGCCCUGAUUUCAAUUUCUCGUCUGCAGCAUCGUCGCUCGCAGCAACACUUGGAGCCUUUCAAUAGGACACUGUCCUCCAUUUCACCCCCUAACACCACCAUGGCGCCCUCCAAGAAAGCACCCGUCUACGUCCUCGGCGUGGGCAUGACUAAGUUCAUCAAGCCCCGCGGCAAGGUCGACUACCCGGAGCUGGGCUUCGAAGCCGGCGUCAAGGCCAUGCUCGAUGCGCAGAUCAACUACGACGAGGUGGACCAGGGCGUCGCCUGCUACUGCUACGGCGACAGCACCUGCGGUCAGCGCGUCUUCUACCAGUUCGGCAUGACAGGCAUUCCCGUGUACAACGUCAACAACAACUGCUCCACGGGCUCGACAGGUCUGUACAUGGGCCGCAACAUGAUUGCCCACGGCGCGAGCGAUUGCGUGCUCGUCAUCGGCUUCGAGAAGAUGUUCCCCGGCAGCCUGCAGACCUUCUUCCAGGACCGCGCGAACCCUACCGGCACCACGAACCUCGUCAUGAAGGAGACACGUGGAAUUACAAAGGCACCCGGCGCAGCGCAGCUGUUCGGCAACGCCGGACGCGAGCACAUGGAGAAAUAUGGCUCCAAGCUCGAAGACUUCGCCGAAAUCGGCCGCAUCAACCACGCCCACUCCAAGAACAACCCCUACUCCCAGUUCCAAGACGAAUACACCCUCGACCAGAUCGUCAAAUCCCCCAUGAUCCACGAGCCCCUCACCAAGCUCCAAUGCUGCCCGACCUCGGACGGCGCCGCCGCCGCCGUCCUCGUCUCCCAGGCCUUCCUCGACGCCCGCCCCCACCUUAAGCAACAGGCCAUCCAGAUCGCAGGCCAGUGCCUCGCGACAGACACGCCAAACCUCUUCAACAAGUCGGCCAUCGAGCUCGUGGGAUUCAGCAUGAGCUCACUGGCGGCGAAGACGGCGUUGGCCGAAGCCAAUACCGACCCCAAGGAUGUGAAAGUGUGCGAGCUGCACGACUGCUUCUCCGCGAACGAGAUGGUGACUAUCGAGGCGCUGGGUCUUGCACCUGUAGGCAAAGCCCACGAGCUCAUCCGCAAGGGCGGCAUCACAUAUGGUCCCAACAGCCAGGUCGUCAUCAACCCCUCGGGCGGCCUCAUCUCCAAGGGGCACCCGCUCGGCGCGACCGGCCUCGCCCAAUGCGCCGAACUCGUCUGGCACAUGCGCGGAUGGGCCAACAACCGGUCCGUCAAAGACACAAAGGUCGCGCUGCAGCAUAACCUCGGGCUCGGCGGCGCCGUCGUGGUGACGGUGUACAAGCGCGCGGACGGCAGCGCGGCGACGGAUGUGAGCAGCGAGGAGGUGGGCAAGAUCAACGGGCUGGGAUACAACCCUGCCGUUGUGGCGAAGGGAUUUACGCGGGAGCAGGUGGAUAGGGUGCGGUCGCGGAAGGCGCGGAGUGAGUGGGCGUUGCAGGAUACGCAGCAGAAGGUUGAGGCCCGGUUCUAGAUUGCCGGAUGGGCUUGACGGGAGGCACCAUGUGUGUGUGUAUGUAUAUACUAUUAGCGUUAUCAACUUGAC